UUCGUCUGAGAAAAGAAAAUUGUUUAUCAGUGCGCGCGGCGUUGCGUGAAUUAAAAUUCAGCGCCGUCGUACUUUUUUCAUCAUCGCGUCAAUUUUCCAACCGGGGGGAUGAACGUAAAGUUGGCCGCGAUAUAAAAAGCCACCACCGCGCACAUCGUACACUCCAUUGCCGAUUUUCUCGACGUCCGGUACACGCAGACAUGAAUCUGACUUUCGCACUAUCUUGCAUGAUCGCAGUCGUAUGGCUGUUCUGCGGAAAAUGCAAAGCAGCUCCGAGAUUGAUUCCCAGUAUCCAUCGCAACUUAGGAAAUCAUCCACAUAUUUACGGAUAUGCCGUGGAAGGUCUCGUGAAAGACCUCGUAGAGGACCUCGUCGGCGAGGACGAGGACAAUUUGCGACUCAGCAAACGCCAGCAGCUGGACGAUUACGGUCACAUGAGAUUCGGCAAACGAUCCAACAAUGAAGACGAAGAAUAUGGACAUCUGCGAUUUGGCAAAAACAUCGAAAAAUAAAACGCUAUCACAUCGGAUUCCCCCUAGAUCGUAGAUCGUGCACAUAUUCUCGUGCUAAGAUGUAGAUAGAAUAUAUUUUACAUUGCAGCUAUUACAUGAUCGUGCCUCGUUAUUUUACCUUCUCUUCAGUUUUUUUGUGCUCGAUGCUUUAUACCGCAAGUUAAUCUUAUUUUUAAUGCAAUUUAAUUUGUGACAUUAUUAUGAUUAUUUUGAAUAUGAUUUUGCAAUCGUAUUGUCCUAUAAUCCUUAGAAAAAACAUUACAUCAAGAAUGCUUCAAUUUGUUACAAAAGGCUAAUCUGGCGUUAAUAAUCUGUGAAA